AAAACCUUGGAUGAACUGAACUACAACGUAGUAUAUCCACGACCAAAAUGCUUAAAAUCUGUGCUUAAAAUGAUGAAUGUUUUCUGAAUUCUGCACUAAGAAUGCAUCAAUUCUGACAUCAACGACUUCGAAAAUUACUCUCUGACUUUCUAGUAAUAUUACUUUUCUCUAUGUCUCUGACACAAAAUCACAAGUCGCAAAAUGUAAAAGGUGGAUAAAAUUAUCAAAAUUUAAAAUAUAACAAAAAAUAAAUGUCCUCAAAAUUAUUUUAAGCGAAAUUCUACGUAAGUGAUGAUGUUCCGUCUAAGUUGCAAGAAGUUGUUGAGUUGCUGGUCGCACGCGGUGGUUCCUUCAGCGAAGUACCAGAAUUUUGUGACCUCUGAUGCACUUGUGCAGUUAGAGAGGUUGUGCGAUACGUAUUGUCCAGUGCCGCGCUCGCCACCGCAGAAGGUGGCCGUGGUAGGCGCCGGUAGCGACGUGGGUCGGAUAGUGGCGUUGUUCCUGAAGCAGCAGCCGGUGGUGAAUGUGCUCGCGCUGUGGGACGAGGCGCCGGAGUGCGGCGUGCUGGGCGUGGCCAACGAUCUUGCGCACAUUGAUACUGCGACAGAAGUGGAGGCCUACCAGGGCCGCAUGUUCCUCAAGCCAGCGCUUCAUGAUUCCGACGUGGUGCUGAUAUGUGGCGGGCGGUACGUCUUGCCUCCGUGCUGUAACACGCAGGAUCGCGAUCUGUUCUUCCAGAACAUGCGUCACGUGCGCACCGCCACCAUCGCUUGCGCAGAGUUCUGUCCGCAGGCCGUCGUAGCCGUGCAGACGCCACCAGUGGACUGCAACUUCGCGCUCUGCAAAUACACGCUGAAGAAAGCCAAAGUAUACGACAAGCGUCGUGUGAUUGGCGUGAACUCGAUCAACGCCAUGCGUGCCAACCAGUUGUUUUGUUCCAUAACUGGCUCCGACCCAGCCAGUACCAACACGCCUGUAGUGGGCGGCACUGGGCGGUGCACUCGCGUACCAGUCUUUUCCGCAGCGAAGGCCGGGAACUUUCCUAAGACGCAAGUAGAAUGUUUGACCCGGCUCGUCCGAGAAGCCGACGACAUAAUAUGCAAGGUAAAGAGCAACAACGAACAGGGUCACCUCUCCGUCGGAUUCGCCACGGCCAGAUGCGUGGUCAAUAUUAUGAAAGGGUUGUUCGAGAAGCCGAUGUUUUUGGACAGCGCCCUGGUGCAUCAAGCAGACCCCGAGAAGUGCUACGGCCUAAAGAUGUGCGCCACCCCACUGACUAUGGGCAAAGGGGGCAUAGUGGAGUACGCCGUACCCACGCUCAAUGAGUUCGAGACUAAAACCUUGGAGGACAGCAAGUGUGACCUCCAGGAUAUGCUUAACCUCGGCCGCUCAUAUGCCCUGGGCGACGAUUAUACUUUGCAUAAGUGUAAGUACUGCCCACCGGAAUACUACGCGCCCUGCAAGAGCUGCAGACCAGUCUUAAAAGAAAAUGCCAACAGAUAGACGGAACUGUGAAUGGAAGACUGCCUUCAGAUCGACACAUUUUUUGCCUAUAAUUGGUGCACUGAAAAGAAUCUGCAAAUUCAUUCCUUUUUCCCGAUUGAAUGCAAACUACAUCUUCUUAUAUAUGAAAUUCUUGUGUCACGGUGUUUGUGGUUAAACUCCUCCGAAACGACUCAACCGAUUUUCGUGAAAUUUU